AUCACAGGAUGGCAGUAAAGCGCUCACGACGCCUCUCAUAUCCACGAAGAAGAGACCCACGCACUCAUCAGUAAGCGACAAAGAUGGCCGCCUGUGGGCUAUUCCGCUCUCUGUCUUCCAACUUUCUCACAGUUUUGCCUUUGCUUACCCGCUCGGCGCCAAUUUCUCCGUUGCGACUGGCACCUCAGUCCCGUUUUGGAAGAACACUAGCCUCCUCUAGCAGAUUAACAGCAGCGCUUAAGUUCACUGACAAGCAUGAAUGGAUUCGGGUAGACGACGAAGGGAUUGGGACUGUGGGGAUCAGCAACUUUGCGCAGGAGGCUCUGGGAGAUGUAGUUUACUGUGGGCUGCCAGAGGUGGGAACACAGCUGGCUCAGCAAGGUUGGCUGAUGAAGAUGACCAUCGCCAACUCUGCAGAGCUUGAUGCUCUAAUGGACGAAGCAGCCUACGAGAGAUACAUCCGCUCCAUUGAGGACUAACCUAACACCUCCUAAUAAGUGCUAUGACCCCUUUCUCCUUUUCAAACACCACUGGCAGGAAGACCCACAGGUUGUGCCUGGGUCAGCUACAAUGCUAUACUUAGCAUCCACCAGGGGGGGCUCAAGAGCUCCAGAUUGCUGACCUGCCAGUGUUGUAGAGCUGUGAACAUUAGGAAUCCUUUAUCUACUGUUAAAGACUGAUUAUAGAGGACCUGUCUGCUCUGACUUAACCUCUAAUGUUGAGUUAUUGCAACCUCAAAUCCUCAAACAGAAGAGACUGAGACUCAGUCAAUAGAAUUGUCCAAGCAUUUCAGUCAAAACUUGAAUUUCUGUUCUAAUGUUCAAUGUUAGACUUAAAAAAGCACUUUGGUCUUUAUGGUAUUAAUAAUAAUGUUGGUCUACACUGCAUGUUUGACAGCAACACUGUAGACAAGGGACCUGUAAAGUAGAAAAUAAACAUUUCCUGAAACAUU